AAAUUGACAACCAUGUUUGGCAUUUAAAAUUUUUCCAAAAAGUAAUUCGCUUCUAAAUUUAUGAAAACAACUAUUUUUCUAUAAUUUUUUAAUCACUUAAAGCUUUCGAAUUGAAAUUUCCGUGUGUGUUUGUUUGUGUGUGUUCAAUUGUGUAACCUUUCACGUUCUUCGCAUGCAUCGUCAAAUUCCAAACGCAAAAUUAUACCAUUUACAUACAUACUCUUCAUCUACCACCACUUUGGUAUGCCAAAAUUAAAGUGCACAUCCGCCAAUGUUCAGGGCAGCGAUGAACCAGUCGUUAAGAUACCGCGUCGGCAGCUGAAAUGUCGCCAUCGCGAAGAAAAUGAAAAUCCACCACUUAAUCUGUGCGACCUGCCAAUCGAGCUGCUGGAGAAGAUCAUUGGCUACAUAAAUAUUUGGCAUCACAAUCGCAUACGCGGCACCUCGAAGCGCAUGCGUGAUGUGAACGAUGCCUUCGUAAUGCACGAGUUUAAAAAAGCUUUACAUAAAUCUAUGCUCACAAAUCCGAAUAGUUACGAAUGUGCGGCGUUGCAAACCAUCGAUCAGGCAACGGAGGUGUAUGUGAAGUCGGGAUAUGCUUCAACUUUCUGUGGUUGUAUACUGCCAAUGCUGCGCAGCUCUUACAAAGAUCCCUUCUGUCCCCAAGUAUUACAAAUUAAUACGUUCCUGUUGCAUUUCUACGAUAUGGUCGAUGAACUGAUCGGCGAUCGACGAUCGCAACACGCAAGGCUGCUAUAUAAUCUGACGUUAAUGCGAUUUUUUAAGAAAUUCGGAAAGUCAUCGAUUAUCUCGUCAACCGCAAUGCCAUUACAUUGUCGCAUAGUGGUGGAGCUUAAAGGUCCCUGGCUGGGUAUGCUCUGGACGUCGAAAUCACGUUCGCGCGAUCAACAAGAAAAGCGUUGCAACCUGCUUAUAAUACUGUCCGAAAUGCUAAUGGCCAAUAUAACGGGCAAGGCUUUCAAACGCGUUUGGGAGUGUCUCAGUGAGGUCUACGUAUUCGGCAACGAUACGAGCAAUUGCAAACGGGUGCCGAAAACACUCUUCACCUUCACCGUGCAUGGCUCGAAGAAGAUUUGCUCACUUUUUCGUUCUUGCCUCGGUGAGCCAAACGACUUUCUGUGGCCAACAAAAUGGCCACGUGAUCAGUUCACGGUCAAUUUGGACAUCACAUGUAAAGAAGCAAUGAAAUGGGGCUGCUCCAAAUCGCAGCAUAUGGAAUUCGGACCCUUCGCUGAGACGCUGUUCAGUGAAGAAGAAGAGUACAUGGACGAUUGCAGUUCGGGCAAAACACUGCUGGAUGUGGAGUAAGGCGGUGGAGACUAACUUCUAGCCUGGCCCACACUGGCAUGUCACAACAAAACCAUUAAUUAAAUUACGUAAAUCAACUAGAGCAAGUAUAAUUUUUGUAAUAUUUUUAUUUUGCUUUUUAUUUUACUUCUAAAAAUUGUACAACAAUCUGAUUUUAGGUAUGCAUACAUAAUAUAUAAUAUAUGUAAGUAAAUUUUGCGUUUUGCUUGCUAAGCCUACGCGUAUAUAUGUAUGUGUAUGUGUGUGUGCUAUGCCACUUUAAUAUGUAGUUACAAAAAGUUUACAUUUGGGUUUACAAAUUAUACGAAAAAUACACCGUUAAAUGUCAGUUAAAGCAAAAACUCAAUAAUACAAAACAACUGGGCAAACGUAAACGCAAUUAGAUAAAAAAAAUAAAUUUUAAAGUACUAUAUAAAUAACACACCGUUAUUUUGUAUGUAUACUACUUAUUUACAAAUAAACUGUGGGAAUUUGAAAUUCUUAAUUGCACUUAAAACGAACAUAAUUUCUUUCACACUUUUUUCCGAUUAAACUCUACUAGUAGUAACGACAGAACAGUUUGGAACAAUUUGAAUUUCGCUAAUAUAAACACUGCCGAAUGCGAAUGUGAGCAUUUGUGGCUUGCGCAUUGAUUUGCGUUAAUUUCUUUCUUAUUAUUGUAUAUUGCAUGAUAAGACGAUAUUGUCUUCCUUUUUGUUUUCGUUUUUGUUUUCGUUUUUACCUGAACUUGACUUAUAAAAAUAUGCGAUUGACUACUCUAUGAAAUAAUUCCUGAUAUUUUCUCAUAAGGAAGUCUUUGCGUUGUUUUUGAACAGCAUCGGCGACGACAAGCAUGGU